CACAGCAGCGGAGAGGAAAAACUUCACCUCCAAAAAUUCGCCGAAACUUCCCGAGAUCCCGCGAUAGCAAUGGCGCCCAAGGCGGAGAAGAAGCCCGCGGCGGCGGAGAAGAAGCCCGAGGAGGAGGAGGGGCCCAAGAAGGCUGAGAAGGCCCCCGCGGGGAAGAAGCCCAAGGCCGAGAAGAGGCUGCCGGCGUCGAAGGAAGGGGGAGGGGACAAGAGCGGCAAGGCGAAGAAGAAGAGGAAGGCGAAGAGCGUGGAGACGUACAAGAUCUACAUCUUCAAGGUCCUGAAGCAGGUCCACCCGGACAUCGGGAUCUCGAGCAAGGCGAUGGGGAUCAUGAACUCGUUCAUCAACGACAUCUUCGAGAAGCUGGCCCAGGAGGCCUCCCGCCUGGCCCGCUACAACAAGAAGCCCACCGUCACCUCCCGCGAGAUCCAGACCUCCGUCCGCCUCGUCCUCCCCGGAGAGCUCGCCAAGCACGCCGUCUCCGAGGGCACCAAGGCCGUCACCAAGUUCACCAGCUCUUGAUCUUCGCUCGCUCCUUAGGGUUCUAGGGUUUCUGUUGGAUUCCGGGUGUAAUUACUUCGGUGUUAUCAAGUAAAUGAAAAAAAGGCUGGCCUCUAGGGAUGCGUUUGGCUAUAAAUUAGUUUAGUAUCAGAAUUUGUCCUAAUUUUGGCUAUUCGGCUAUAAAUUAGUUAAUUGUUGGACCAUUACCAGUAUGGUUCAACACUAAAGUUGUUUUA